CGAAAUUUGGUUGUUUAUUCCCAUAAUUGUUCAAAUUCCGAAUAGUCCAAUGGUGGAGCAACAGAAGAAGCGUUUGGAGAACGCCAUCAGCGACAUGAUCGAGGAUAUGUACCGCACCCACUUGCGCAGGAUGCAGUCCACGAUGCACCGCUGUGCCGCCCGUUGCUGCGAUGAUGAACGCGGCACCCUGGAGAGCGUGCAGAACUGCAUCGAGAAGUGCGCCGGGCCACUGAUGGAUGCCCAGGACUACCUGCAGCACGAGCUGGGCCAGUUUCAGAACCGCCUCCAGAACUGCGUCAGGGAUUGCAAUAGCGAUGCCCGGUCCCAAAUGCCGAGCAAUCCGACUGACCGGGACAUGUCCCGAUCGCAGCACUUGUUUGAGAACUGCACCGGCAGCUGUGUGGACAGGCACAUAAACCUGAUUCCGGGGCUGCUCAAGUCGAUCAAGCAGACCCUGGACCGGGGUCCGCCCAAGAGAUCUGGACGGGAUCGCCGCCUGGACCUCUAGGAU